GCCGGAUAGUCAAUAACAUAAACAGUGUUCAUUAGAAAAGUGUUCAAAGAGCCUACAUUCCUAUAAAAAUGGCCAAAUUCAAAAUUAAAACAAAAUCGCCUGCGUCCAAUGUUCCAAAGACGACCAAUGGAAAGCCUAAAGAAGGCAAGAAGCCAAAUAAGUUCAAGUUUUCUGUUAAGAAUGAAGACGCCGAGAUAGCGCAGCUAACUGAGCGCUAUUCGACGGUGAAAAUUGAAGAGAACUGCAGUUUCUCUGAUUUUCCGUUAUCGAAGAAAACAUUACAAGGAUUAACCCAGGGACAGUACAAAAAACCAACGGCUAUACAGCGCGAAUCGAUUCUGCCGGCACUUCAGGGGAAGGAUAUUCUGGCAGCUGCCAAAACAGGUAGUGGAAAGACCCUUGCUUUUCUUAUUCCAGUUUUCGAGCAUUUAUACAUAAACCGAUGGACCCGUCUCGAUGGAUUAGGUGCUCUGAUUAUAACACCUACUAGGGAACUAGCUUUGCAGAUAUUUGAGACGGUAGCAAAAAUUGGCAAACUUCAUGAUUUUACAACUGGGCUGAUUAUUGGUGGACAGAAUCUGAAAUUUGAAACAAAACGUCUGCAUCAGCUAAACAUUAUAAUAUGUACGCCUGGCCGAUUGCUGCAACACAUGGAUCAGAACCCACUGUUCGAUUGUACAAAUUUUAAGAUGUUAGUUCUGGAUGAAGCAGAUCGCUGCUUGGAUAUGGGCUUUGAAACAGCAAUGAACGCCAUCAUUGGGAAUUUACCGAUAACCAGACAAACUUUGCUAUUUUCUGCCACUCAAACUAAAUCGGUGAAGGACUUAGCACGUUUGAACAUGAAGGACCCCGUUUAUGUAGCCCCUCAUGAGAAGGAACAGUACACAACACCCAAUCGAUUACAGCAGAAUUACGUGGUGCUUGAACUUGGCGACAAGCUUAUGAUGCUUUGGUCAUUCUUAAAGGCCCACAGCAAGCAGAAAAUCAUCGUAUUUUUUGCGACAUGUAAACAGGUGAAAUAUUUCUAUCAAAUUUUUCGUAAGCUGCGACCAAACAUACUGCUGCUACCUUUGUAUGGUGGCAUGAACCAGGAAAAACGCAACAAUAUUUAUGGAGAAUUUUGCACGCGCAACAAUGUGUGUCUUAUGGCAACCGACAUCGCAUCGCGAGGUCUGGACUUUCCGAAAGUAAACUGGGUGGUGCAGCUAGAUUGUCCCGAAGAUACCACACAAUACAUUCAUCGAGCAGGUCGGACGGCGCGUCUCAAUACCAGCGGAGAGAGCUUGCUAGUGCUGCUGCCACAGGAGGAAGAGGGAGUGGUUGCGAUGUUGGAGAAAACAAAAGUGCCCAUCAAUAAAAUCAGCAUCGAUCAGAAGCAGCUCUUCUCGCCAAUCGUUAAAAUUCAAUCGUUCUUAGCUCAAUCUCCCGAGCUAAAAGAAACUGCAAAACGUGCUUUCAUUGCGUACGUGAAAUCAGUUGCGUUGAUGAAGAAUAAGAAAAUAUUUGACGUGGCUAAACUGGAUCUGGAUUCAUAUGCCAAAUCAUUAGGACUAUUGGUGGCUCCACGCGUAAGAUUUUUAUCGAAAAUAGGCAUUAAGAAUGUUAAGAAUGUGAAAGCAGAUGUUAGCGUAACAAUAGCCGAAGAUGAAGAGGAUAGCGAGGGUGAAUUGUUCACCGUAAAACAGUCCGACAAGCCAGUCUUGGAUCAGGCUCAAUCAACAAGCGAUAGUUGUCCUGUUAGUACACAAGUACAUAAGAAAAAAAUGACUAAAGUCAAGAUUCUGAAAAGAUCGUUGGUAACCAAUAAAAAAAUUACGUUUGAGGAAAGUGGAGAUGCAAACGAGAAUCAUGACGAAGAUGAGGUUUAUGAUAUAGAAAAGGCUCGAGCUCAACUUCGAUUGGUAGAUGCUGCUGACAAAGAACGUUACAAAGAUUUGCGUAAGGCUAAGCGAAUAGCCAAGAAAGAAAAGGGGAAACGAAAGGCCGACGAUGCCGAAAUGGAUGAAUUCCCAAGCGAAGAAGACGACAGCGUCGAUCUCAAUUGGCUGCCAGAUCCGGAUAAAGUGUACAAGAAUGGAGACCAUACGGAAACCGGAAUGAAGGAGCAAGUCCCGAAGAAAAAACGCAAAAUUAUCGAGAAAAUUGAUGAUAUUACACUAACGGAAGCGGAACAACUUGCAAUGAAUCUUCUCCUAUGAUUUUGCACAGAACAUUGUAAACAAUCGUUAACGAUAUAUAUUUCAUACUUUGUGAUGUAACCAGUCUCUCGGAUUUUGUAGUACGUGUGUAAUCUCACCUUCCCUGCUGUCAGGCUUUGGGAAAUUCAUAUAUUCCCAUUUCUGUGGAAGAAAAAAAAAUGAGUUGAAAAAAAUAGAUCAGAGACGACAACUUACCGCUGUUAAUGGAAGUGACAUCAGAAUACUUUCGUAGCGUGCGCCCGGUGUGUAUAACCCAAAUUUCGUUCCACGAUCGUAAAUCAGAUUGAACUCUACAUAGCGUCCUCUUCGCAGUAGCUGCCAUUGUCGUUCCCGAUCUCCGUAGGAUUCAUUUUUAUGCUUUCGCACAAGUGGUAGGUAUGAUGGGAUAACCGAAUGUGCACACGAAGAAAC